AUGUUGGCGCCUAGGAUCAAGCUAACGGACCUUUUAAAUAUGAAAAUAUGUUCACUGGUGAUCCUUUUUGGCAUUGUAACGACAUGCCAAGCUAGUGCGCUACCAAAAAAACUAGGGAGUAACUAUCAUGAAAUUGAAGGAGAUAUAAUAUUAUUGAGAAAUAGUCUGCCUAGUGAUUCUAUCGAAGAAAACCUAAGUAGUGAAUAUGACUCAUUUGAAUCCAAAGAUUUCAUCAUUCAGCUCGAUCCAGCACAGAGUACAAAUCCAUUUAUGCAAGGCAACAGUGUCUCUAGAAAUGGACUGGAUAGUAGCAACUCUAUCAAUUACGUUCAUGGUGGCGGCAAGGCUUUGGGAUACGCCCCGAUUAGUAAUGUUUAUGGAUUGCCAUUGGGCCAAGGGAGAAGUAAAACAGUAAGUUUUGCAAAUGGUGGAAGAGACGCUUUGGCAUACGCCCAAAGUAGCAAUGUCUAUGGAUCAUCAUUAGGUCAGGGAAGGAGCAACGCGGGUAGUGGAAUUGCUGGUAGUAUUCACGGUGGUGGCAGUGCUGUGGGCAAUGCCCAAAGUAGCAGUAUUUCUGGAUUACCAUUGGGUCAGCAGAGUAGCAAAACUGCCGGGAUUGUAAGCGGUGGAGGUGACGCUUUCCAUUAUGCUCAAGCUAGCAAAGUCAACGGCGAUGGUGUCGGGAGUAGCAAUUCUCUCAGUUUUGUCAAUGGUGGAGGCAACGUUUUGGGAUAUGCUCAAGGUACUAGUUCCAGUGGAUCAUCAGGGGGCCAGCAAAGUAGUAAUUCGGUCAGUUUUGUAAACGGUGGAGGUGACGCUUUGAGUUACUCCCAAAGUAGCAGUAUUUCCGGAUUACCAUUGGGCCAGGAGGGUAGCAAAACUGUCAGCUAUAUCAGUGGACGAGGUGAUAGUUUGGGAUACGCCCAAACCAGCAAUAUUAAUGAAAACGACUUGGACAGUAGCAAUUCGGCCAGUAGCGCAAGCGGUGGAGGUAACACUUUAAGUUAUGCCCAAGGCAGCAAUGACAAUGCCGAUGGUGUCGGCAGUAGCAAUUCCCUCAGUUUUGUCCACGGUGGAGGCAAUGCUUUGGGAUAUAGUCAAGAUAGCAGUUCCAGUGGAUCAUCAGGGGGCCAGCCAACCACAACUAGCAAUCCAGCCAGUUUUGUAAGUAGUGGAAGUGACGCUUUAAGUUAUGCCCAAGAUAGCAGUGUUAAUGGUGAUGGUGCCGGGAGUAGCAAUUCGCUCAGUUUUGUCAAUGGUGGAAGCAAUGCUUUGGGAUAUGCUCAAGGCAGCAGUUCCAGUGGAUCAUCAGGGGGUCAGGAGAGUAGCAAUUCGGCCAGUUUCGUAAGUGAUGGAAGUAACACUUUGAGUUACUCCCAAAGUGGUAGUAUUUCUGGAUUAACGUUGGGCCAGGAAGGUAGCAAAACUGCCAGCUAUGUCAGUGGAGGAAGUGAUAGUUUAGGAUAUGCCCAAGCCAGUAAUAUUAAUAAAAACGACUUCGACAGUAGCAGUUCGGCCAGUUAUGUAAGUGGUGGAAGUGAUGCUUUGGGUUAUGCUCAAGGCAGCAAUGUCAAUGGCAAUGGUGUCGGGAGCAGUAAUUCCCUCAGUUUUGUAAACGGUGGAGGCAAUGCUUUAGGAUAUGUUCAAGGUAGCAGUUCCAGUGGAUCAUCAGGGGGCCAGGAGACUAGCAAAGCUGUCAGCUAUGUUAGUGAAGGAAGUAACAGUUUAGGAUACGCCCAAGGCAGCAAUAUUAUUGAAAAUGACUUAAACAGUAGAAACUCUGUCAGUUUUGCAAGUGCCGGAGGCAACGCUUUAAGUUUUGCCCAAAGUAGCAAUUUUAAUGGUGAUGGUGCUGGGAGUAGCAAUUCUCUCAGUUUUGUCAAUGGUGGAGGCAACGCUUUGGGAUAUGCUCAAGGUAGUAGUUCCAGUGGAUCAUCAGGGGGCCAGCAAAGUAGUAAUUCCGUCAGUUUUGCAAGUGGUGGAGGUGACGCUUUAAGUUUUGCCCAAGGAAGCAACGUCAAUGGCGAUGGUGCCGGGAGUAGCAAUUCACUCAGUUUUGCCCAUGGUGGAGGCAAUGCUUUGGGAUAUGCUCAAGGUUCCAGUGGAUCAUCAGGAAGCCAGGCGAGUAGCAAUUCUGCCAGUUUUGUAAGCGGUGGAGGUGACGCUUUAAGUAUUGGCCAAGCUAGCAAUGGUGAUGGUGCUGGAGGUAGCAAGUCUCUCAGUUAUGUCCAUGGUGGAGGCAAUGCUUUGGGAUAUGCUCAAGGUAGCAGUUCCAGUGGAUCAUCAGGAGGCCAGGAGAGUAGCAAUUCGGCCAGUUUUGUAAGCGGUGGAGGUCACGCUUUAAGUAUUGCCCAAGCUAGCAGUGGUCAAACUUUAAACGACGUGUUUCGAGGGCCAGCCUCGCCACAAGCUCAUAGUUCGGGUAAAAAAGGUAAAUUAUAUGGUUGGGGGUAUAGCGGUAGUCAUGCAAAUGCUGUCUCUAACCUCAAUGGUUAUGGACACGGUGGCGCUCAUGCAGCUUCUGACAGUAUUGUAGAUGGUUGGAGUCAUGGCAGCAGUCACACAAACGCUGAAAGUUUCGCAGAUGAUUCAGGUUAUAGUAAAGGCUCUGCAACAGCCAACUCAAACGUUAAUAGUUGGGGUCAAGGUAGCAGUCAUGCAGGUGCUCAAACCAUCGGAUAUGAAAAUAAACUAAGUAAAAGCUAUGCAAAUGCUGGCUCAAGCAUUAAUGGUUUGGGUCACGGUAGCAGUCUUGCAGUCGCCAAUAGCAAUGUAGGUGGUGGAGGAUAUGGCAACAGUCAUGCUGAUAGUCAUGCACAUUCUGGUGCUGAUGUUUCUGGAGCUGGUUCUGCCUAUAGUCAAGCAGAUGCUGAAAUGGAUACAUACAAUAACAUAGACACAAAUGCUUAUGCAAAUGCAUAUGCAGAUGCAGUUGCUCAUGCAAAUGGAUAUGUCAGUAGUCAAGGACAUGCAAAGGCUGAUGCUUUUGCAAAUGCUGCUGGGCAUACAAAUACCAAUGCUUAUAUGAAUGCAGCAGGGUACGGUAACAGUAAAGGAUAUGCAAACACUGACGCUUAUGCCAAUGCUGGUGGGCAUGCCAGCACUGGAGGAUAUGCAAAGUCUAAUGCUUAUGCAAAUGCUGCCGGGUAUGCUAACAGUGGAGGAUAUGCAAAAACUGACGCUUAUGUUGAUGCAGAUAGAUAUGCCAACAGUAAAGGAUAUGCAAAUGUUGACGCUUAUGCUAAAGUACCUGGGUACGUCAACAGUUUAGCAUAUGCAAACGCUAACGCUUAUGCUAAUGCAGCUGGACAUGCCAACAGUGGACGAUAUGCAAACGCUGACGCUUAUGCUAAUGCAGUUAAAUAUGCGAGCAGUAAAGGAUGUACAACUGCUGACGCUUAUGCUAAUGCAGCUGGGUAUGCCAACAGUGGAGGAUCGGCAAAUGCUAAUGCAGCUGGAUAUGCUAACAGUGGAGGAUAUGCAAAUGCUGACGCUUAUGCUAAUGCAGCUGGGUAUGCCAACACUGGAGGAUCGGCAAAUGCUAAUGCAGCUGGAUAUGCCAACAGUGGAGGAUAUGCAAAUGCUGACGCUUAUGCUAAUGCAGCCGGGUAUACCAACAGUGGAGGAAAUGCAAACGCUGACGCUUAUGCUAAUGCAGCUGGGUAUGCCAAUAAUGGAGGAUCGGCAAAUGCUGACGCUUAUGCUAAUGCAGCUGAGUAUGCCAACAAUGGAGGAUCGGCAAAUGCUGAGGCUUAUGCUAAUGCAGCUGGGUAUGCCAACAAUGGAGGAUCGGCAAAUGCUGACGCUUAUGCUAAUGCAGCUGGAUAUGGCAACAGUGGAGGAAAUGUAAACGCUGCUGGGUAUGCCAACAGUGGAGGAUAUGCAAAUGCUGACGCUUAUGCUAAUGCAGCUGGAUAUGGCAACAGUGGAGGAUCGGCAAAUGCUGACGCUUAUGCUAAUGCAGCUGGGUAUGGCAACAGUGGAGGAUCGGCAAAUGCUGACGCUUAUGCUAAUGCAGCUGGGUAUGGCAACAGUGGAGGAUCGGCAAAUGCUGACGCUUAUGCUAAUGCAGCUGUGUAUGCCAACAGUGGAGGAAAUGCAAACGCUGCUGGGUAUGCCAACAGUGGAGGAUAUGCAAAUGCUGACGCUUAUGCUAAUGCAGCUGGAUAUGGCAACAGUGGAGGAUCGGCAAAUGCUGACGCUUAUGCUAAUGCAGCUGGGUAUGGCAACAGUGGAGGAUCGGCAAAUGCUGACGCUUAUGCUAAUGCAGCUGGGUAUGGCAACAGUGGAGGAUCGGCAAAUGCUGACGCUUAUGCUAAUGCUGCUGGGUAUGGCAACAGUGGAGGAAAUGCAAACGCUAACGCUUAUGCUAAUGCAGCCGGGUACGCCAACAAUGGAGGAUUAGCAAAUGCUGACGCUUAUACAAAUUCAGCUGGGUAUGUCAACAAUGGAGGGUAUGCAAACGCUGACGCCUAUGCUAAUGCAGCCGACUAUACCAGUAGUGGAGCAUAUGCAAACGCUGAUCGUUUCGCUGACGAAGACCAUUUCCCUUGCAAAAAGUCUAGAUGUGGUCAAAGAUAUCCGUUUGGUGCGCAUACAAAGGCACCCACAAAAUUGGCCCUCCUUGCAUUGCUUGGACUUAGUGCAUCCAAUUCGAUAAACAGGCAGCUCGCAGCAAGAGGCUACUAUGGCAAUGGAGACGUUGUCUAUGAUCCAGAGCUCGAAAGUCGAUUUGGUAUCGGUGGUUAUAUAGGAGGUCACAUAGGUGGUUACGUCGGUGCUCACGGUGGAGGUAACUUUGGUGGUCAAGGACGUGGUUAUAUGGGAGCCAAUGGUGGUCCUUAUGGUCGCUAA